AUGACGGCGCUCCACGUCGCCGCGUCGCAUCCGCACUGCGCCGAUGCCUCCGACGAGCUCGUGCGCGCGCUCCUGGACGCCGGCGCGGACUCGGACGCGGUGGACGGCGAGCGGAUGAAGCCGAUACACGCGGCGGCGGCGGUCGGCCGCGUCGCCGUCGUCGAGACGCUGCUGGAGAGGACGACGAGGGACGACGGCGUCGCGGAGGGCGAUUGGAACGCGUCGGGGGUGCAGAAGAUCGUCCAGGAGAAGCUCCGGGCGAUGGGGAUCGGUACGACGCGCGGCGGUACCGGCGGCGGUACCGGCGACGGCGACGACGCCGAGAAGAGGAAACACUGGGCGGGCGCCGAGGGGGGUCCCGACGACGAGCCGCCGUACGUCGCGAAGGGCGCUUCGGACGCCGACGCGGCGGCGGCGAAGAAGCGCGCCGGCGACGAGGCGUUCGUGAAGGGCGCCGACGCCGACGCGAUCGCCGCGUACGACGCUUCUCUCGCCGCGGACGAUUCCAACGCCAAGGUGUGGGCGAACCGCGCGGCGGCGAAGCUGCGGCAGGGCUCGCACGCGUCCGCGCGGAGAGACGCGAAGAUCGCAAGGGAGAUCGAGCCGACGUACGUCAAGGCGUGGUAUCGAGAGGGGCUGGCGUUGACCGAGCUGGGCGACUUCGAGGGCGCCGCGAUGGCGUUUUUCGAGGGGAUGCAGAUCGACGGGGACAACAAGGAGUUGAAGCGGGGGUUCGACGCCGCGAUCGCGCGCGGGAGGAAGGCGCACCUCGCGGGAGGAGGAGGUAAGUGA